CGAUCAUGUGACUGUGUCACGUGCUUUGCGGAAUAAAUAUUCCGGGACCGUGUCUCUCUCUCACACUUUGUUGUCCGGGGUCCCGCAGACAGGACAGACCCACUGAUUCAACAUCACGCUGCAAACAAAAUACAGACAAAAUGUGGCAUGCAGCCCUUCUGUUAUUGGCUGCAGGCGUGUCUGUGAGCCUGGCCAGACCCCACCUCCAGCCACUGUCCAAUGAGAUGGUCAACUACAUCAAUAAGAUGAACACUACAUGGAAGGCUGGUCACAACUUCCACGAUGUCGACUACAGUUACGUGCGGAGACUCUGUGGAACGAUGCUGAAGGGACCGAAACUCCCAAUCAUGAUUCAGUAUGCUGGAGGCCUGAAGCUGCCUGCAGAGUUUGACUCCAGAGAGCAGUGGCCUGAGUGUCCCACACUGAAGGAGAUUAGAGACCAGGGCUCCUGUGGAUCCUGCUGGGCAUUUGGCGCUGCAGAGGCCAUCUCCGACCGUGUGUGCAUCCACAGUGGUGGCAAGAUCAAUGUGGAGAUCUCCUCUGAGGAUCUGCUGACUUGUUGUGAUGCCUGUGGCAUGGGAUGUAAUGGUGGUUACCCCUCGGCUGCCUGGGACUUCUGGACUAAAGACGGACUGGUCUCUGGUGGUCUCUACAACUCCCACAUUGGUUGCCGGCCCUACACCAUCCCCCCCUGUGAGCACCAUGUGAAUGGCAGCAGGCCUCACUGCAGUGGAGAGGGUGGAGAAACCCCUAAGUGCAUCCAUAGCUGUGAAGCAGGAUACUCUCCCAGCUACAAAAAGGACAAGCAUUAUGGUAAAUCGUCCUACAGCGUGGAGGCGAGUGUGGAGCAGAUUCAGGCAGAGAUUUCCAAAAAUGGUCCAGUAGAAGGAGCCUUCACCGUCUAUGAAGACUUUGUGAUGUAUAAGUCCGGUGUGUAUCAGCAUAUAUCUGGAUCUGCUCUGGGUGGUCAUGCCAUCAAGGUCCUGGGUUGGGGAGAGGAGGAUGGUGUCCCCUACUGGCUCUGUGCCAACUCCUGGAACACUGACUGGGGUGAUAACGGAUACUUUAAAAUCCUGCGUGGUUCAGAUCACUGUGGUAUCGAGUCUGAGAUUGUGGCAGGAAUUCCUAAAUAAACCCUGAGGUUUUUAGCAGCAGUGGCCAUUUUAAAUCACUAGAGGGUGACCUACUCCUGCAUUUAGUAGCUAUACGUUUAAAGUCCAGUGAGAACCUUGCACACAUGGUACAAGAUUAUUUCUACAGCAAACUGAACAACUUCCAGAGUAACCUUCACUUCAUGUAGUUGGAUUAGCAGAUGGGGUAUGACAGCAAAAACUUGCCUGAGCACAAAUCUUCAUGUUGAAUUCAAG